AUGCCUGUUCGCAACGCUCUUCCGGAUGUCAGUUUUCGGGGCCAUGCCGAGACGGGUAAGGCCAGCGACUUGUCUAAGGAAGCCCAUUUCAGCAGAUUGUACCCCGGUUCGAAGUUUUGCAGUGAUGAUUCACCACUCAUGACCGUAGUGCCAUCGCGCUGUCUGCCUCCUCCGUUCAGAGCCUGUGGCUACUCCUUUGCUGACUGGUGUCUUCGUCGUCGUUUCGUCGGUCUUCUUCAGCCGUCGUUGUGCUGCCACGUCCCCGGCUGGCAGAGGGCGAUGAGCAGGUUCUGA